AGCAAGUCUUGUCCAAACAAACCGUCUCUUUUCUUUCCUUCUUGUUUUCCCUUUCUCUCCUUGCCGUCUUUCAUUUUCCCUUUUCAGCCAAACUGUUCUUCUGUUCAUUCGCCCAAAGAUACCCCAAAACGCCUCGCAUUCAAAAUGUCCAGCCUCAAAAACGAACUCUCCUCUGUGGACUACGAAGUCAAAGUCGAAGCGCAGGACGCCGAGCGCCAGUCGCAGCUGCAGUCCAAGCACCGCCUCCUCGGCAUUGUCCACAACUCUCGAAUCGCCCUGACGGUCCUGGCCCUGGCGGCCGGCAUCACCAUCCUGGGCGUCUCGGCCAACGGGCUGCUUGUCUACCACGAGACGUAUCUGCCGGCCGAGUUCCACCUCUCGCUGUGGCCUGCGCAGUUUGAUCUGCGUCCCACUGCCGCGCUGAUUGCCGGCGGCGUGGUUGUGACCGUGGCCAAUGUUGUGUCACUCUUCUUUAGCAAGGUCCAAGCUCUCCGCAGCCUGACUGGCCCCCACGCAAUCGCCAGCAUUGCUGCCCCGGCCAUUGGCUUCGUUGCCUCUCUCGUCGCCAUGUCCCUCUUCUACGCCGUCAACGCCUCUUCCACCGUCGACAGCCUCCAGAGCUGGACGUGCCGCUGGACCGCCGUGCCCACAACUGCUCAGCCGCACUUUGGCGCCCUGUGCAAACAGAGCCAGGCCGGUGUCAUACUCUCGGUGCUGCUUGUUCCGCUGGAAGCUGCCAUUCUUGGAGUCGCGGGAUACCAGGCCAUCCUGGAGCGAAAGGCCACAAGAGCGUGA